GCCUUGAGCCUUUUCCCAUCAGUCAUGAUCAACCCCACCAUGUUCUUUGACAUUGCUGUCAACGGCAAACCUUUGGACCGCAUCUCCUUCGAGCUGUUUGCAGACAAAGUUUCAAAGACAGCAGAAAACUUUCAUGCUCUGAGCACUGGAGAGAAAGGAUUCAGUUAUAAGGGUUCCUGCUUUCACAGAAUUAUUCCAGGGUUUAUGUGCCAGAGUGGUGACUUUACAUGCCAUAAUAGCACUGGUGGCAAGUCCAUCUAUGGGGAGAAAUUUGAUGAUGAGAACUUCAUCUUGAAGCACACAGGUCCUGGCAUCUUGUCCAUGGCAAAUGCUGGACCCAACACAAACAGUUCCCAGUUUUUCAUCUGCACUACUAAGACUGAAUGGUUGGAUGGCAAGCAUGUGGUUUUUGGCAUGGUGAAAGAGGGCAUGAAUGUUGUGCAAGCCAUGGAGGGUUUUGGGUCCAAGAAUGGCAAGACCAGCAAGAAGAUCACCAUUGCUGACUGUGGACAACUCUAAUAAAUUU